ACCACUUGGACAGCAAAAACUCAUAUGCCAGGCUGUUAUUCAUUGAUUACAGCUCGGGAUGGAGGCGGUGCUGGAGCAGCAGCUGCGGGAGACGAUGAAGAACCCUGCCAUUAUCGGAGUGCUCUGUGCUGAUGAACAGGGCCUUAACCUGGGUUGUCGUGGCUCGCUGGUUGAUGAACAUGUGGGUGUAGUCUCUGUUCUUGCGCAGCAAGCAGCAAAGCUCACCGCCGACCCGACUGAUGUGCCUGUCAUUUGCCUGGAGUCGCAUAAUGGGAACAUCAUCAUGAUAGGGAAACAUGGAAGCAUCACCAUUGCUGUGCAUAAGAUGUCCAUGUGAAGAGGUGGCUAUUGAUUGUUUGAAGCAUGGAACUUUGUCGCAUGGUCUCUGCUGUGGAGUGUACAGGCAGAUCUUUAUCACUGCUCCUGACCUAGAUUGUGUACCAGCCCAUUGGUACUCUGGAGAAGUGGGGGGUGAAAGGAAAACUGUUUCUGAUCUUUGAGUUAGGAAUUAAAUUGAAACUCAGUGUAAACAAAAACAUUUUUUUUAAA